AUGGAAGCUAUUAUUGCUCAGGCCAUCAAAGACACUGCCGUCUUAAGGAAGACAACAGUGCCUUGGGAGGCAGACAAGCCUCACGCACAAGGCUAUUAUGCCUUUGAUUCUGCAACAUCCUCUUGGGUCCCAGGGUCACCCACUCCCGUGGGGAACAUGACUGAGACCUCAACUUCUCAAGGGACUCUCGCCCUGGCGCUCUACACAUGGAACGUGGACUUUAUGCUGCCUUUUGCAGAGGCACGCAUGAGACCGGCGCUGGCUCAUCUGGACAGCCUGAUCAAGGCCCUCCCGUCCACUACUGCAUCUGUCAUCUACCUCCAGGAAUGCACUCCCGAUGAUUUGACCACUAUUUGCAACACGCCGUGGGUCAGAGAGCGGUAUUGCUUGCUUGAUAUCGACCCAACCAACUGGGCAACCACGCACUACGGGACCACAACACUGGUUGAUUCACGCCUGCCCAUCGUGUCUGCCUUCCGCGUCCACUACUCCAAGACAAGGAUGGACCGGGACGGUCUGUUUGUAGACAUAGCCCUCGGCGGAAAGACCGUCCGCCUUUGCAACACUCACCUCGAGUCCAUGGCGUUCGAUCCUCCCUUCCGCCCGCCCCAGAUGGAGCUCGUGGCCAAGUACAUGCACGAGGGCCACCUGCAUGCUGCCCUGGCCGCGGGUGAUUUUAAUGCCAUCCAGCCGUUUGACCGCACUCUGCACCGCGACAAUAACCUGAAGGAUGCAUAUCUCGAGCUGGGCGGGAAGGAGGACUCGGACGAGGGCUUCACCUGGGGCCAGCAGGCUGCGACCAAGUUGCGGGAGCAGUUUGGUAGCUCGCGCAUGGACAAGGUCUACUUCUGUGGGGGUGUCAGGAUCCUCAGGUUUGAGAGGUUUGGAAGAGAUGUGCUGGCCGAGGGGAGGGACGAGCGCGAGCAGAUUGUCAAGCUGGGAUUCGACAAGGCGUGGGUGACUGAUCAUCUCGGUGUUGUAGCUGAGGUGCAGUUGACGGCCUUGGGAGAUGCACCUGCAAGCCAGCUCUAA